AUGGGUUGUGGUUAUGUUUUCAUAUCAAUCUUGUUGUGCAUUUUGUUCACUCCUUACUACAUCACUUUGGUCGAAUCAACAGAUGUAGGUGGCAGUUUACAAAUGAAUAAGAAGUAUGCUAUGUGGCGCACUAGACCAGGAGGAUUCUAUGGUCUUCGAGCUGAAAUUAUUAUAUGGGGUUCACCAAAUCAAGAAUACUCUCAAGACUCCGGAGCAUCCAUACAAAUUUAUUGUCAAGAUGGAGGACACUACAACUUAAUUGAAGCCGGGUUUCAUGUAUCCCCUUCUUUGUAUCAUAACAGAGAUGUCCGUUUCUUCACAUAUUGGACGAAGGACUUUAAAUCAGCGAGCUGCUACAACUUGCGGUGCAAAGGAUUUGUUGCUGCAAGUGGAACUGCACUAGUGCCCGGGCAAGCGAUUACUCCUCCAUCAAGUUAUGGAGAGUAUGACCACUACAUUAGGCUUAGUCUUAAUAAGAAAUCCGAAGAUUGGGUGGUGUAUCGUCAUGAUUUGCAAACCCCAUCGUUCUUGGGUUAUUUUCCAGUGGAAUUUUGUUCCGGAACACCACGUAUACAAGCAUUGACUGGAUUUGUCAAUUACUUAAAUAGUACUCGUGGUCCUCCAAUGGGUAGUGGCCACUUUCCUGAUGAGAAGGACGAUGACAAGACAACUGCGUACUUCAGGCAUUUUAAGAACUAUGACUCCAAAGGUCGUGCUUUUGAACCAAUUACAGUUAAUAUGGCCCCCUUUAGUUGA